UACCUCGGAUUAGUCACCAAAUUUUUGUUUUUCCUGUUGUCAUGGGAGGUUCCAUUUUCUUUUUUGUUGAGUCAAAAACAUUAAAAUUCUCAGUUGAAGAGGGGGUACUUUUUACAUGUUACGUAUUUACUCUCUACGUUGUUGUCAUGGCUAAAGAGAGUGUGAAGCAUUCACUAGCUAUUGUGGAGGGCCUCAUGUCCAAUGUAUCUGCUGGAAAAUUAACGCGUACCUUUAGGGAUGGAGAUAAAGUUUUUAUCCUGCAAUUAGGCUCCAAUGCAUAUGGUAGUUUUUUUAUGAUCUCAAAACUUAUUCAUGGCCGCUGGAAAGGUUUCAUAGUGGUGCCGGAAGGAAAAUUGGGUAGUGGUUGGAGAGGGUUUGGAUUUCAUCUACGGAAGGCUAUCGCUGCUGAGACUCUUGCAAUCAAACUGUCAUCCCAGUCUGUCUUGAAACCAACAAUAGUGGAGCAAUGCCGACAAAGAGAUACCAAAACUCACAUGUUAGUAGUGGUAGAGGGCUGUCGGAGGGAAGAUGGUGGAGGUAAUAAAAGAAAGCAAUUAAUUCCAAACUUUCAAAAUUUGAAAAAUAUCUUGAGUAGUCAAAACCAGGAUUUUCAUGAGAGGAAUGCUAGGAAGGAAAAAGCAAAUAUUGGAGCGAAAAUUUUGUUGAUUAUAUAUGGCAUUGUUUCUAAUGACACGGAAGAAGGAUUGAUUUUGGAUGUCUCUUUUAAGAUGGAACGUGAUCUGGAUGGUAAGUGGAAGGUCAAAUGGUCCAAAGUCCAUCAAGUGGGCCCAACUCUUUUGAAACCCAUGGCUCCCCAGUUUAAGCCCACCAAUGCAUAUCCUUAUAAGCCCAACCCCAAACCCAUUUCGGCGUGGAGGCCCAAACGGUACCAGCCUUGUAACACUUCUUGUGCACCCAUAACCAUGUUUCCAUUCAUCAUCAAUCUCUCCCUCAAAAGUCGAGCUCUAAGUUAUGUGUCCCGGCAAGCACCGAGUUGGGUCCUUUUGUGUCUUCGAGUUCAGAUGCAGAAUAUGGGUCUCAGCAAGCACCAAGAUGGGGAGUCUGGUGUCUACGAGUACCAAUGUAGCAAGAUGGGUCUCAACAAGCACCAAGAUGGGUCCCCCGGUGUCUUUGAGUUCCGAUGCAGUGGUGGCUAGGCCGAUUCAGUUACAAUUCAAAACAACAAGCACUGCAAUACUAACCAUAGUGGUCAACUGCUCUCCGAUGGUGCCGCAGCUGAGUUUCUCGGCUUUGAUGAGUCUGUGGAGACUCUGAAAGGGUCAAUACCCACACCCAAUUGUGAUGAGGCCCUGCAACACGACCUUCGUUUGAUCCUUCAAGAGCAUUCUGGCAAUGUCAACAAGAAAUGGGGUAAUUCUAAGCAAUGGGUUCUUGAAUUAUGUAAUGGGAGAAGGGUGGCAAUUCUGAUUCAGAUCUCUCUGCCGUCAAGUGAUGCCAUAAUUGGUUCAGUUGAGCAAAACUAG